AGAAGAAAGAAGAAAAAAUGUGUUUUUUGAAAUGUGUUUGUAAUGAAGAAAAAAAUGAGGUAGGAAGAAAAAUAGCAUUGGGGGUUUGUCCACAUUGUGAAGGAAAAGUUGAAGCAAUAGAUGUUGAAGGAAGUUUGAAGUUUUGUUUUCUCCCAAUUUGUUAUAAGAUGAAGAGGAAAUAUAUAUGUACUAUGUGUUCUAGACAUUUGAUUUUAUUGUAUUCUUGUUUAUUAUGGUGAAAAGUAAAAGUUUGUCUA